CUUGCUACUGUUGCUGAAUAUGUGAAGGCUGUAUUGCCACUGGAGACCUGUGAGAUCUGUUCCUGUGAUCGCCAUCAUGGAAAGAAUGCUGCUGAUGUGUGUCUAUUUGCUCGUCUUUGUCAUUAACAAAGAAGCGUCUGGAUUGAAAAUUCAGAACAAGCUGCUCAGUAAAUGUCUGCAAGUUCAGGAAGGAUCUUCGGGAGGGAGAGUAUCCCUGGGUGAAUGUAGCCCAUCUUCAGCCUUACAGGAAUGGCGCUGGCUCCCAGAGAGCCAGGCUCUAAGUAAUCACCACACCGGGGAGUGUCUGACUGCACCGGGAGAGCAGUAUGAAGGGGUGAGCUUGCAGUUGUGCGUCCUUCACGCUGAAGGUGGCAAAACUUCUACUGGACAGGAAGUGGAGGAUAUAGGGAGAGUGGCAAGCCGCCAGUCAUGGUCCUGUUCCAAGAAGGGCCACCUCACUUUAAUGGGGAGGGGGCUGCACUUGAGUGCCCGACAAGAAUCCACUUUGGUCUUUCUUUCAAGGGAACAUAAGCAGACAGGCAGCAGGUGGCGGACACUUGACAACCAGACAUUGUGCAAAGGUAGAGACAGCAUACACGACCAACACCAAUCUCACCACAACCUGGGGAAAUCAUUGGAAGCUGGGAUCGUUCCAAGCGCCAUGUCUGAUAUACGCAGACAGGCUGAACCAUUUGAAGGUUUAAUGGCUGUUGAGGUUUCGCAAACAUAUCCUGUAAUGGAUGUGCCUCAUUCGUCCCUUAGCACCAAAUCUCCCAAAGAUCCCACCAUGAUCUUCUUCAGUAUGGAUUAUGGAAUGGGCUGGAAGAUAACCAUGUUGGUACUAAGCUCUUUGGCUCUGGUGCUUGGGACUGUCAUUCUUAUCCUUAAUGUUUACUCCAAUAGAAGGAAGAAGGUGGUGUGUGUUUUGAAGUCAUACACACCGAGGCCAGAGGCGAGUGUCCCUGGGUCCCCGGUGCUCAGUGAAAGAGCCCCGCUCACACAGCAUGCCAGUCGCCUCCCACACUCCACCCCCAAUUUAACACGUGGAGAAAUCCUGAUUGAGUGGAAGGAUGGCACUGUUACUCCACUGUACGAAGCCUGAAGGUUGUCUGUGAAGUAUGUUUCAGCAUGGUUCUGUCUGUGCAAGCAUUGUUUCUCAUGUGAGUUUAUUAUCUUCCGAAUGUUUCUGAAAGGGUUCAAAGAAAAGAGAACAUUUUCUCACAAUGUUGACAUCAAAAUGGAAUCAAACAAAAUGUUUAAUAAAAUGAAAGUUCAAGGUUCAGUAUCUGCCAUUUCUGUGAUGCUUGCCAAAAGGAAGAUAAAAGCCGUUGUGAAGCUGCCAGAAAAGAGUUGAAUAACUAACUUCUCCUGUGUGAGAUUAAGGAGAUAGCUUAUUGGAUGAAAUAAAUGUACAAUUUGUUUUUAAGAAAACCAUUGUUUGCAAGCUUAAUAAAACUACAAUUCAAGCACUCAACAAAGUAACCAAUAGCUUCGACCUUUAGUUGGAAUAAUGCUAUGGAAACUUAUGUUUGUUCUGCAUAUAUUUGCUUGAGGUUCAUUGCUCCUGAGACUCAAACCCUUCAUUUUCGGAAUUAGCUUGUACUCUUUAUCCUUAAUAUAUAGAGUUAUUGAGAUAUUUCAGAAGAAAAUCAUAACCUAGUUUACAUAAGUAAUGUCAAUAGUCUGGCAGCCUAAUCCUGUACUGUAAUGCACUAAAGUGUUAAAGGAGGAGUACUUAAUACUAAAAUUGCAUUUGAGCUAAUACUUGCCAUUAUUCUGAGCACUUUUGGGAUUUGCAUCCUUAAAAGUUCCCUGUGAAGAUCCUAUGAAAGGGGUGAAAGCUCCAGAACAGCUUUUGGGUGGAGAUUGUUUCUUCAACUAUCAUUUACCUUUUGCAUUUGAUAUGGCUACCUGGCAGACCGAUAAUUAGUGGCAAAUAUAUUGGUUAUUUUUUUACUAAAAAUUAUUUUCAUAUUGUAAACUAUCUAAUAAAAUCAUAUGUACAUAUA